AUGGUUGUUUCGAUAGUAACUCCAUUUCAAGGAACUACCGGAUUUUCUUUACAUCAUACAGAACCUACCCAGGGUCAAUACAGUGGAUUAUCCUGGAACGAAAAAAGUGAGGGAUUACAGUACUCACCCCGUGUUUCCACAACCCAAGGAUCCAAUGGAUUUUCUGAUUCGUCUCUAUAUACUCCCGUGGCUCAGAUGACAAGUCAACAGUGGUCUACCGAUCUGGCUUCUGGUCUUGAGUCGGUGGAAAUGACCCGUUUCCCAUCUCAGGAAUCAUCACGGACAACUCAAUCAACAUUGGCCUCUGAGUCUAUGCCGAUGGGACACUUUUCCAUUGCAUCUCAGGCACCAUAUCAAAUGUCUUCUGCAAGAUCAGAUGCUACAGGUAGAUCAGCUAGCCCAUCCAUUUCUGUUCUGUAUACCCCGGCAGCACAAUUUGAUCUUCAAUCUGCAUUCGACACUUUCCAAUACCCAGGAGAUGAAUUAGCCGGAAAUGAUUACCAAGUACCAGCUACCAGCGCAUUCCAGCAGCCACCCACUUUGUCCUUGACAACAGGUGGAUUUGAUAUGUUUCCCAGUACCCAUGGAUUACCUACAAGUAUGACAGCAGCUUCAAGCUCUCUUUCCAGUUAUGUUCACAGCGCACAAGAUUCGGUUUUAUUCGACAGCUCCAUAAUGGGAUCUCCAGAUAUGUGGGAUACUACUUUACUUGAAUCCUCAAAAUCGUCACCAACCAUUGCCGAGGAAUCAUGGACUAUUCCACCACCAAUGAUGUCUUCGACAAACAGCCCAUUGGACUACUCCCCAAUCGAAGGCCGAUCACCCAGGUAUGUUCAAGGUCUUCCAGACUUCGUGGAUUCACCUCCUUACAAGACUGGUGACAGGAUCAUAAGGAAGCCGAUGGGACCAAGAGCUUCCAAAGUUGCUAGCGACACCAAUGCCAGACGUAUCCCAGGAAUUGAGAUGCCAGAGGAGUCCUUCAAGUUGAUGGGACGUUCCAGUCUCGAUGCUGAUAAUUCGGCUCGUGAUCAUCAUUUGUACCAUAAUGUGACGACCAAAUCCGAUGGAUUAUACCACUGCCCAUGGGAAGGAACUUCGCAAUGCCAACACAAGGCAGAAAAGCUCAAGUGCAAUUAUGACAAAUUUGUCGACUCUCAUUUGAAGCCAUACCGCUGCAAGAUUGCUGCAUGCGCAGACAACAAGUUUUCAUCCACAGCCUGUUUACUUCGCCAUGAGAGAGAAGCACACGCCAUGCAUGGACAUGGAGAUAAGCCCUUUCUUUGCAAGUAUGACGGCUGCGAGCGCGGCGUCAUUGGCAAUGGCUUUCCACGCCGCUGGAACCUCUUUGACCACAUGAAGCGUGUACACAAUGACCCAUGCACAUCCAGGAGUGCUGAUGGAUCCCCACCACCUACUGAAAAGUCAGCCACUGGCUCCAAGAAGCGUAAGCAGGAUGCCAUUACGGAGCCAACUACCUCGGAUAAGGAAGCCGUUAAAAGAGUCAAGACACCCCCCGUUGUUAAUCAGCAACCUUCCUUGGUUGAUGUUUACCACCAAAGUGAACAGCGACUCCAGGAGGCCGUGAAACAAUUGCAUGAUCUUAAGAGUGCAAACGCGAUGGCCAAUUUGAGAAACGCGAGUGACUGCAUCAAAAUGAUGGCGAGGACUCUUCAAAAGAUCAAUCAAGCUGCUCCCGCCAUGAGCCGCACCUUUAGCCAUGGAUCAAUGGGCUGA